GCACACACGCCAGUACAGUUCUCUCUCUCUCUCUCUCUCUCUCAAUUUUGGUGAUACUCACAGAGAUCAUAGACGACUAGUCGUGUGAGUCUGUAGCAGAGCAUUGGGAGAGUAAUUCUUCAGCUUCACCUCUCGCUUCUUCAGCUGCCAAGCUCAUUUCUCUCUCUCUUUCCUCUGUUGUGACCAGAUUUGCUGACCACAAAAAAGGAUGUGGAUUAAUGUGCAUGGAAAGAACCAUGAGUGUCUUGUGUCUGGAAUCUGGAUUUUAUCCAACACACACAUAUAUAUCCUCAGAUUUUGACAGGAGUGUCAAUUUGGUUUUGGACUUUCAACUUGACCAACUAACCCUUUUGACACUAGGAAGAACUACAUCUGGGAUUUGAUGAAUGGUGCUUCUGCAUCUAGUAGCCUACGGUCAGCUUUCUCCCACUGUGUACAACAAGUACGUAGCUAUGAUUACCAUCACUAUCUCUGCCUCCUUGAACUUCCCCCUUCAAUGCGGAAGGCUGCUUUUGCACUCCGUGCCUUUAAUGUUGAAACAGCGAGAGCCAUGGAUGUUGCUUCUGAUCCCAGGGUUGGGCUUAUGCGCCUCGUCUGGUGGCAGGAAGCUAUAGACAAAAUCUAUGCUAAAAAGUUAAUAGAGCACCCCACAGCACAGGCUCUAUCAUCAGUGAUAUCUGAGAAUCAAAUCAGCAAGGGAUGGUUGAAACGGUCUAUUGAAGCUCGGAUCAAUGAUGCAAGAAGAGAGGUUACUGAUAUUCCCGAAUCCAUUGAAGAGUUGGAGAAAUAUGCCGAGGAUACUGUAUCAACUAUUCUGUACAUGACACUUCAAGGUGGUGGUAUCAGGUCUACUGCAGCUGAUCAUGCAGCAUCUCAUAUUGGUAAAGCAAGUGGCCUCCUUUUGCUGCUUAAGUCACUACCUUACCAUGCCAGUCGUAACCAGCAUUUUUCAUACAUACCAGUUAAAGUGGCUUCCAAGCAUGGCUUGUUGGUGAAGGAUGGCGGUCGUUCAGAGAUCCUCUUGGAUUCUCGUGAGCAUUUGUGUGAUGCAGUCUUUGAGAUGGCAUCAGUAGCUAAUAUCCAUCUACAGAAGGCUCGUGAACUAGCUGGAACAGUGCCGGCUGAGGCUCGCCCAGUGCUUCUGCAUGCUGUUCCCGCUCAAGUUCUCUUGGAUUCCCUGAGGAGGGUAAAUUUUGAUGUAUUUGAUCCAAGGUUAUCAAGAGGGGUCCUGGGUAUUCCUCAUUUGUGGUAUCAACUUAAACUGAAGUGGAAUUCAUGGAGGGGGACGUAUUGAGACUUGGUUCUGGGCUUUUACCAAUUCCAACAAGAAAUUCUGUCAGGUGGGAAAUAAUUUUGCAGAUAGAGUAUUGUAGUUUUAAUUUAUUUACAAUAAUGGGAUUUUUUUUCCCAUGAAACCCUCAAGUAACUUCACUUUUUCGCCCUAUAAAAGCAAGGAAGUUCUUGCAGAGUGAUUUACAUGUAGCCCGAAGCCAUGUUCUAUUUUGACACUAGAUUUUCAUUUUGUUAG